GUUGGGUGGGACUAUAUCUGCAUACAAGAUAGUGCCAGACGAAAUAGAAGAAAUCAAGGUUUGAUUGUGCAUUUAAGAGGAACUGAAGUGGUGGCGGAUGCACUCUGCCCUGUAUGUCAUGCCUCAAGCAGGAAGAGGGGAGGAGGUAGAGCACCCCUCCCGGGACACUCCAGGGCAGGCCACGAGCCCACCCACUCUUAGAGUAUAUGUAUGGACUAAGUAUCUCAAAGUACAGCAGCCAUUUGUUGGAGACGCUGAUAGAUUGGUGUGAUGAAAAGGAACUUAAUUUGAUUUUAACAACUGGAGGAACAGGGUUUGCACCACGAGAUGUCACUCCAGAGGCCACUAAAGAAGUAAUAGAGCGAGAAGCCCCAGGGAUGGCCCUGGCAAUGCUGAUGGGAUCACUUAAUGUAACUCCUCUGGGCAUGCUCUCUAGACCUGUGUGUGGAAUCAGAGGGAAAACUCUCAUAAUUAAUCUACCAGGUAGCAAGAAAGGGUCACAGGAAUGCUUUCAGUUUAUACUGCCAGCCCUACCUCACGCCAUUGAUCUUUUGCGGGAUGCCAUUGUAAAAGUAAAGGAGGUACACGAUGAGCUUGAAGAUCUACCUUCACCACCACCUCCUCUUUCUCCUCCUCCAACCACCAGCCCUCACAAGCAGACAGAAGACAAAGGAGUACAAUGUGAGGAAGAAGAGGAAGAGAAGAAGGAUAGCGGAGUUGCCUCAACAGAGGACAGUUCUUCUUCACAUAUAACAGCAGCAGCCAUUGCAGCUAAGAAGCAUCCAUCCUACACCAGUUCAGCUGUUAUCAUGGCAAAAGGUGAACAGCCCAUCCCUGGUCUCAUCAGUUAUUGCCAUCACGCAGCAGGCAGUGCAGAAGAACUGAUUCCAGAUUCCAUCAUCUCUCGUGGUGUUCAGGUGCUCCCACGUGAUACAGCCUCCCUCAGUACUACUCCUUCAGAAUCUCCUCGUGCCCAGGCCACCUCUCGUCUCUCCACUGCAUCCUGCCCAACACCAAAACAAAUUAGACGGCCGGAUGAAAGCAAAGGAGUUGCUAGUAGAGUUGGAUCCCUCAAAGCUCGGCUCCCUUCGUGCUCAUCCACCUAUAGUGUUUCUGAGCUCCACUAUAGGUUGGAAGGGCUUAAAGAUGAACUGAGGAGGAAUAGAGGCUACAACUCGAGAGUCCAGUCCAGGUGCAGCAGCAAGGAGAACAUCCUCAGAGCAAGUCACAGUGCUGUUGACAUUACCAAGGUAGCAAGAAGACACCGCAUGUCUCCAUUCCCAUUGACAUCUAUGGACAAGGCCUUCAUCACAGUUCUGGAGAUGACUCCAGUGCUUGGAACAGAAAUCAUCAAUUACAGAGAUGGCAUGGGCCGGGUCCUUGCACAAGAUGUAUAUGCAAAAGAUAAUCUGCCACCAUUUCCAGCAUCAGUAAAAGAUGGCUAUGCUGUCAGAGCUGCUGAUGGCCCAGGAGAUCGAUUCAUCAUAGGGGAAUCCCAGGCUGGUGAGCAGCCAACUCAGACUGUGAUGCCUGGUCAAGUAAUGCGCGUUACAACUGGUGCUCCAAUUCCAUGUGGUGCUGAUGCGGUGGUGCAAGUGGAAGAUACAGAGCUCAUCAGGGAAUCAGAUGAUGGCACUGAAGAACUAGAGGUUCGAAUCCUGGUGCAGGCUCGACCAGGCCAAGAUAUCAGACCUAUAGGACAUGACAUUAAAAGAGGUGAAUGUGUGCUGGCUAAAGGAACCCACAUGGGUCCAUCUGAGAUUGGUCUCUUAGCAACUGUUGGAGUAACUGAAGUAGAAGUUAACAAGUUUCCAGUGGUUGCAGUCAUGUCAACAGGGAACGAGCUACUGAAUCCUGAAGAUGACCUCUUGCCAGGAAAAAUUCGGGACAGUAACCGUUCAACUCUCCUAGCUACAAUCCAAGAACAUGGCUAUCCAACAAUCAACUUGGGAAUUGUGGGGGAUAAGAAGCCAGAUGUUUUUAAAGAAGAAGGGACACAGAGCUUCCAGAACACUGCGGAGACAGGCCUACCAGAUUGCCCAGAUGAUUUACUGAAUGCACUGAAUGAGGGUAUCAGCCGUGCUGAUGUCAUCAUUACAUCAGGAGGUGUAUCUAUGGGGGAAAAGGACUAUCUUAAACAGGUGCUGGAUAUUGAUCUUCACGCACAGAUUCACUUUGGCAGAGUUUUUAUGAAACCAGGCCUGCCAACAACUUUUGCAACUCUGGAUAUUGAUGGCGUAAGAAAAAUAAUCUUUGCACUCCCAGGCAACCCUGUCUCAGCCGUUGUCACCUGUAAUCUCUUUGUUGUUCCCGCACUGAGGAAAAUGCAGGGUAUCCUGGAUCCUCGGCCCACCAUCAUCAAAGCCAGGUUAUCAUGUGAUGUAAAAUUGGACCCCCGCCCAGAAUAUCAUCGGUGCAUACUGACUUGGCAUCACCAAGAACCUCUACCUUGGGCACAGAGUACAGGGAAUCAGAUGAGCAGUCGUCUGAUGAGUAUGCGCAGUGCCAAUGGACUGUUGAUGCUACCUCCAAAGACAGAGCAGUAUGUGGAGCUUCACAAGGGGGAGGUGGUGGAUGUCAUGGUCAUUGGAAGGCUAUGAUGCCACCAGCAAGAGUGAAGCUUUGAUGCAUGUCCACAUAUCAUUGACUGUAUCCUGUAAUAUGCAACGGCACAGCUAGUUUUUCUGAUUUGGAUAAAAGUUGAUCAGUAUAGUCAACAUCUUGAACUAUAUUUCAAAUGGAAUUUAAAUAAAUACCUUUUAAAAAAAACUUUAAAACAAAUCUUAACAAAGAAAUUUAUUCUGAUUAUAUCAAAGCAACUUUUUCCUUUCCUUGCAAUUGCUUUGUGUGUUCAAUGCUAGUUCUAAUAGCGGUAGCUUUUAGUAGACAGCAGUAGGUGCCUGCAGAACUUGUGUUUUUUCUCAUCUUUAAGAUACAACUACUUAUGCUCUUAAAACAAGGCUGUCUGCUUAUUUAUACUAGCGUAGACAACACUUGGAUUUCCCUUAUUAGUAUGCUUCAUAACUGCUUCACAGAGAGCUUCUGCUUGUUCUUUAUCUUGUAUCUCGUGUUGAUGUGCACAGUGCCAAAAGCGGAGUAGCUGCAUUGGGAACCCAAUGAAGCCCCGAGGUUUCCUCACCUCGCUGCGCAUUCAGGGAUCUCUCUUGUCCCGGCAGCCACCCAGCUCCGUACUCUUGGGCAGUAACUGGAUACCUUUUAUUUCAACAAACAACAAAAUUGCUUCCUUAAGUGCUGACAGCCUUUUUAACCAAUACAUUUAAAAAUGUACAGAACUGAAAACUAAAAAAAAUCAAAGACUGAUCUUGUACAGAUAUUAGUGUUACCAGCAUUCGUGUGGAAAUUAAAUGAGCAAAGAAAUAAAACUAAUGUUAAACAACUCUGUACCAUAACAUUUUCUGUAAUGAUAUUGAAACUUAAAUGAAUAAAAAAAAUCCUCAAUCAUUAUUUAAAAUUUCA